AUGAAAAUGAAUUAAUUAAUAGUGGAGAGAGAAAGUGAUAAUAUUAGAAAAAUGAGUCGAUUGUCUAUCUUCAAUCAAAAAAGGUUUUGGAUGUAAGAAGAAGAAAAAUAAUAAACAGAGGAAAUAUUGAUAGAAUUCAAUAAACUCAAACUUGAUGAACCUAUUUUAAAACUAGAAUAAUAAAACCUGCGAAAAUUUUGCAAGAAUUUUUAAAGUUUUGAAUAUUAUAAUGGAGAACCUAUUUGUAUAAAUGAUUACUUUAUUCGUAUCUUACCAGUUGGACAAAGAUGUAUAGUUAGUAGUUAUCAAGGAGUAACUAUUUUAUAAACUAUAAAUGGUUUAAAACAUAAAUUUUCAUCUUCACUUCCAGGAGGUAUUUAUUAAAUUUAUAAAUUUAAUAGGAAGUUAAAAGACACUUAUUGGCAGAUGUAUUUUGGAUUGUUUCUUAUGUUCAAAUACAGUUUAUAUUUAUGAUAUUAUGUAAUGGGGUAAAAUGGAUAUGAGUGAGUAAGUUGCUGAAUUAAGAUAUUUUUGGAUUAAAGGACAUAUUCUAAGUUAAUUACGUUAGGAUUAAGAAUUAGAAGAUUACAAUUUUGAAUGGAUUCCAAUUAUUCCUUCAAUCAAUGAAUUACAAAAGACUAUAUUUCCAUAUACCAAGAAUGGUUUACUGUUUAUUCGGAAAGAUUCUUAUUAUUUUGCUGGAGUAAAUCCUGAAUGUUUUAUAUAUUAAGAUGAAUUUACAGAUGAAAACUUUAAAGAAGAAAGCAUCAAAUACAAAUUUGACAAUUCAAUUACUUUAACUCUUAGUCUAUUCUAAAAUGAAUUAAAAACAAGGGAUGGUUAUUAGAUAGCUUAAUAUCAAAGCAAUAAAAAUACUAAAGAGAUUGUUGAUGCAAAAGUUACAAUUACUAAUAAGGAGUUGAUCUUGGUUGAUAUUAAAGAUCCAUCCAAAUUUUUGGAAGAUCCUUAUUCUAAAAUAAUGUUCUGGAAGUGGUUACCUCGUUUAAGGAUACAAUGA